AGUUGAGAAAGAUUCGCAGGAGGUGGAAUUGAAAUUUAUAGAGGCGGUGCUUGGUCCCGAAAGUUGAAGGGAAGGGGUGUCUGGUCCUUGUCCCUCUAUAAAAGGCUCACAAGCGAAUCGUAUUGCCGUCCCUCGGUCUCUUUCCAGUUCGAAAAUUCUCCCAUUGCCAGAAAAAUAAAAACCAGUGCUUUUUAGAGAAGCGAAGGAAAUGUCGUCUCUCAGGUCUCUCAAAUCAGCAAUCUUCGAAAUAGAAGAGCGAAAACAGCAGUAUCAAGCUCACAUUCGAGGCCUUAAUGCAUACGAUCGCCACAAGAAAUUCGUCAAGGAUUACGUGGAUUUCUAUGGUAAGGCAAGAAAUACACAUGGUGUAUUGCCUGUUAAAACUGAUCAAGACACUCUUAGAGAAGGUUACAGGUUCAUCCGUUCUGAGGAAGAUGAUAUGAACCCGUCUUGGGAGCAAAGGUUGGUGAAGCGUUAUUAUGACAAGCUUUUCAAAGAAUAUUGCAUUGCUGACAUGUCACAGUACAAAAGCGGCAAGAUUGGCCUAAGAUGGAGGACGGAAAAGGAAGUCAUAUCUGGGAAAGGGCAGUUCAUAUGUGGCAAUAAACAAUGCAGUGAGCAAGAUGGAUUAGCAAGUUAUGAGGUGAACUUCUCGUACUUCGAAGCAGGAGAAAACAAACAGGCUCUCGUGAAACUUGUAGCUUGCAAGAGAUGUGCGGAAAAGCUCAUGUAUAAAAAGAAGAAAGAGAGGGAGCAGUUGGAUAAGAGAGAGAGAGAAACAGAGAAAGAGAAGCACAAAAGACGGAGGGAACAAACAAGUGGCGGGAGCACAGAUGAUGAAUACAACAGAAGUAAUGAAAGAAGGAGAAAAGAUCUGAGGCACUGGACAAAUGAAUUCCCAAUAUGCAUCUUCAGCUUAUUGUCGGUUACUCAUCUUAUGACUACGUUUGCCUCCAUUACAUGUUGGCAUUUGAUCAGUCCUGGUUAUGUUACUACUGCUAUUAGGGAGCUUGAGGUUAUGGGAUGAUCGACAAAAUGGAGCUGAAAAAGAGUGAUUUUGUAGCAUUAAGAAGUUUUUAUUUUGUAUUUUUCUAGAUGUUUCAUAUAAAACAAUGUGAAAUGAUUUUUCCGAUGUCCAAACUUUGUGUG